GUCACUGAGAGCCCAAAACCAAGCAGGAGGUUACUCCAAUCAUCAAUUGUGCCUUUUCUCGCUUCUAGGGUUUUCAAAAAGUAGUUUAAAAUUUUCUUCUUCAGAGAAUUGGGAAAGUGAGCGAAGACGACGACGAUCGAGCUCAGAUGGCGGUGUUGUCGAUGGAGUCGCUGCCGCUGGGAUUCCGAUUCCGGCCGACGGACGAGGAGCUGAUCAACCACUACCUGCGCCUCAAGAUCAACGGCCGUCAUUCCGAGGUCCAAGUCAUCCCCGAAAUCGACGUCUGCAAAUGGGAGCCCUGGGAUUUGCCAAAGCUAUCGAUGAUAAAGUCGGAUGAUCAGGAAUGGUUCUUCUUCUGCCCCCGUGACAGGAAGUAUCCGAAUGGUCAUCGUUCCAACAGAGCCACAGAUGCUGGCUACUGGAAGGCGACCGGGAAGGACCGCACCAUCAAGUCCCGUCAGUUCAAGUCUGCUACUAAUAACACGGGCUUGGUUGGGAUGAAGAAGACGUUGGUUUUCUACAGAGGCCGCGCUCCCAAGGGCGAGCGUACCAGCUGGAUCAUGCAUGAGUAUCGUCCCACCCAGAAGGAGCUGGAUGGUACUGCUCCUGGACAGUGUGCCUUUGUUCUGUGUCGCCUGUUCCAUAAACCAGAGGAGAAGGCUGAAGUUCUAAAGUAUGAUGAAGUAGACCAACCUGGCUUAUCUCCUACCACCUCUCCUGAUGAGACAUCUUCAGAUAUAGUUCAGGAAUCAGCUACCCCAGAUAUGAAAGGUGGAAAGGAAUCAGAAGGUAUAUCGAGGUGGAAUGACAGUUUUGACCACAUGACCCCUGAUACUCUGACUGUGCCACCUAAUGACAGUUAUAUGGCGGCUUCUGAUGUGGAAGUCUAUGGACCAGAAGACACAAUCUUUCCGGGACAUUAUCAUCUGCCAGGAGAAGUGGGGUUCUAUGAUCCCAAUGAACCCACGAUUGACUGCAAAAUCUUUUCACCAUCGCAUUCACCAUUCAAUGCAGAGCUAGAUUAUGUGGGUUCACCUCUUGAGUUUGGCAAUUAUAACAAUGGAUCGCAUUUUCAGGAUGGCACAUGUGAACAGGAUGUAUACCUCCCAGAGGUGUUCGAUGAGUUUGGCAAUAAACAGUAUGAGAGCUCCUGUGAGGAGUCAACCAGUCAGAAGAACUUGGUUGGGGUCAGUGAGGCCUAUCUAUCUGAUCAUUCAUUCAUGUUGCAAGCCAUACCACCAGAAAACUCAUCGCUGAAUGCUGCAUGGGGUUACGCAGACACCAAAAUGACCGAGCAUAAUCUGGACAUGAGAGCUCGUGGCUUGUCCAAUGAGCAAUUUGAUACUUCCUACCAAGCUGAAGCUCCAGCAUCGAUUUAUGACCAUAAACCUAGAAUGGAAAAUAUCGGUUAUCCCGGUAACUCAUAUGCUGAUUCUGCUGUGUCGAAUAAUUUGGAUGAAUCUACCAAUUGGAAGAAUGGUGAUAACCAUAGCAGUGAUCAAGUUGGUAGACCUAGAAUCAUGAUCAGGUCCCGCCUUCCUCAAGAACGACCAAAUUCGAACUCUGUGAUUCAGGGAGAGGCCUACAGAAGAAUUCGUUUAGCAGUUGAUAACCAUACAAGGGUUUCAAACCAUAGCAAAGAAGAAGAUGAAGGGCAUUCAAUUAUCACCGAGGCCAGAGAAACUGUACAGGAGAGUCUUACCUCUGAUGAACGGGAGGAAGUUCAUGCAAUAAUCGAUGAGGAAGAAGUAACCAGUAGGGAUUAUUCUGCUAACAAUGAUUCCGAUCUUGUUGGUAAAACUGGAAUCAGUUGUAAUACCAGGCAACCUCCAGAGGCAUCAAACUCAGACACACCCGUUACUCAGGGCACGGCUUCUAGAAGAAUCCGCUUGGCGAUGACUAGUUCACCUGGGUCAGUUGCCGAUAGUAAUGUGAGAGAUACAAAGCAUGGGCAAGAAGAUGAAGUGGAAUCUAGUAUUAUUGAGGCCUGCGAAGCCAUAGAGAAAACUCCUAAUCUGAACAAGCAGGAGGUAGAGUGUCAUCCUCUGAAGUUGGAUGCGAGCAGGAAAAUUGCGGUAGAACCCUCAACAACACUGAUUGAUGAGAACAAGAAAACCACUGAAGAAGUCGCAACAAAGAUCAGGUCAAGGACGGGAGGGAAUGAUAAUUCGUUACAUAGCAGCCGUAUUGGGAUGUCAGUGCGUUCCAAGGCAGCAGCAUCUAAAUAUCAUGGCCUGAUUAUCUUGUUCAUUAUUUCAGUUGGGAUUCCCUUGGUUCUAACCAUGUUCAUAGCCUUUAGUGGGAUCUGGAUAUCCCAUUAGAUCUUGACGUUGCAAGGGAGAGGCAGGCAGCAUAGGCCUUUAGUUGGUUCUUUGCAGAAUCUUAUGUAGUUAUGUACAACUUCGUUUGAAGCAGGUGUAUUAGGAUAAGUUGCAUUGUCAUAUGCGUGCAUAUAUAUUAGUUAUAACCGUAGGUUAGAAACAUGUUAGUGUAUUAGGAUUUGGUCCGUGUUUAUGUGUAAACUCGAGUUGAUCGUAUUUUAGUGGACAUAUCGCAUAUAUUAGUUAUAAAAAUGAAUUGUUGUCUGUUUCUAGGUUUC